UGUUUCCUGUCUAAUGUGCUAUGAGAAACAGGCCACUACUUUACUUUAUCACAAUAAUUGAAGCUGCACUGCACAGUGACAUUUGUGUAACGUGUUUUGUGACAAUUUCCUUUAGUUCUCCACAAACCCAAUGGGAAGCAAAGAAGAAAGGGCAAAGGAAUUCCUCAGUAAUUCAGCUUUCGCAAGAAAUGCAGUCCUCCUCUUUAACAAAGCCAAUGAUAUAGUCAGUGCCCAGGAACAGGGAGACUUACGGAGUGAUGCCAAGCUGAUACUGGAAGAGAUGCUACACAGCAUCCUGUUCUUAGGUAACAUCCAUAAUACAGUCUACUGCCCAGAAUACAUCUUUCCACAUGUCCAGAAGUUAGACAAAAUCAAAGAAGAUUUCCCAAGGCCAUUUGAUCUUUUCCAAACUCACGUGGCUCAGCGAACACCUUUCUCCUACUUUCUGCAACUGCUCACAGUGUGUUACAGCCAAGGACAUGAAACACGAAUGAUGGAAAUUCUGUCUGAAAUAUUAGGUGAUUGUAAAAAAAAAGGUGACAGAUACCCACUGAUUUCCAGUGUCAUAUGUAUCUGUGAGUAUAAUAAACACAGAUACUAUGGCGUGUCUCUGUCCUGUGAGAGUGGCAGAGAGAGAGAAAUCAUGACUUCUGUGUCUUGUCUCAAAGUGUGGCAUCGCAAAAUCUCCUUUGCUGUGAUGUCCAUGUUUCCGCAAGACACUGGAACACCACACACAAUACAACUCCCAGCUACAGUGAGGUGUGUAGCGUUUGAUGUGAAGGACAUGAGCCAGGUGAAACCACCCUGCGAACGCUGCAAUCAGCUCUAUUCGCUUCCUGGACACACAGACGGUCUAAAUGAACCUGGUAACUGUGCUGAGACUGAAGCCAUCAGUAAUCUCCUGCAAGACCAAGAAGGUGUGUCUGAGCAGACCACCAUCACUGGAGGGGUUUCUAGUGACCAGGAGAUUAAAGAAAGGAUGACAGCUUUUUUUAAUCAACACAUGAAUGAUAAUUAUAAUAUCCUGAGGGUCUAUGAUUAGUGUCUAUCUGAAGGAUCCUGAAGCUCUGAGAUUCUGUAGAGUUGAAUCUGAAUCUGUUUGA